UUCAAGUCGACUGAAUCCAAGCAGCAGCAACACAGACGGAGAUUGGAGUUCAGUCUGCGCGAGCGCUGCAUAACGGCUGCUUCAUCGAGACACUUCUUUAACCGGGUUUAAAAACAUCCUCCAGAAACCGACACCAUGAGCGUGGAAGGCUGCACGAAAUGCAUCAAAUACUUGCUCUUCUUCUUCAAUUUCAUCUUCUGGCUGGCUGGUUGUGUAAUCUUGGGGGUUUCACUCUGGCUUCGUCAUGACAAUAAAACAAGCAGUCUUCUGGACCUGAAGUAUGAGGGCACAGAAGCACCCAGCACCUUCUACAUCAGUGUCUACAUCUUGAUUGCUGUUGGUGCUGUGAUGAUGUUUGUUGGAUUCCUUGGUUGCUAUGGAGCCAUACAGGAAUCCCAGUGUCUUCUCGGAACAUUCUUUGCCUGCCUGGUCAUUCUGUUUGCCUGUGAGGUUGCUGCUGGAAUCUGGGGAUUCAUGCACAAAGACAAGAUCUCCAAAGAGCUGAUCACUUUCUAUGACUCUGUGUAUGACAAAGGCGUGUCAAUUGCAAACAGUGAGCAACAGCAGGCUGCCGCUACUGUCUUGAAGGUCUUUCAUGAGACUCUUCACUGCUGUGGCAAAGGAGGCAUUUUGUCAGUUACUGAAAUGUGGAUCUCAGACAUCUGUCCUAAAGAUAUGACAAUUCCUGAAGUAAUAGGUCUCCCCUCAGUAAACCCUCAUAUUGAAGAAUUCUCAUCCAAAUCAUCCCACAUAGCAUGACAAUAACCUGUUUCUCCAU